CCGCUGGCACUCGUUGCUGUUUCCCUAUCCUCCCGUUUUUCAUCACACAUACAGCGAUCGAGGAGCUGCGGAAUAGAUAGGCAUGCGUUUGUGUUACUCCAGCAAAUGUAACGUCCCGUGAAUACGCCGUGAACGCAUCUCUACUUCAAGGGUGAUUGAGAGCAAAUUAUUCAGCUGGCCUUUUCCUUCCUGAAGACAUGGAGCACCAUUUCCUGAUGAGACUGUGGUGAGACCGGUGCAGCCCUGUCACGCCCACAGCGCCCCCUUUCGGCCCGGACGGCCCACCACGGCCCGGCGCCUAUGAAAGGGUACCAUGUCAGCCGUAGCAUGUCCCAGCAUUCCUCCAGUGGUGGUGGAGGCCCCUGCCACUGCUCGCCCGAUGACUGUGAUGGUCCCGGCAGAGACUACUACCAGGGUCACAGCGACGGCCACUAUUACGCCUCUGGAGGCCCGGCUGAAGCUCUGGCACUGGAAAGGCACCACUCCCACUCCCAUUCCCACUCUCACUCCCAUAGUCACUCUGGAGGGGGUACCUUCCCUCGCUCCCACCCGAGCCAGCACCCACCUCUCCAAUCCUUUGACUCCUGUGAAGAGUGCCUAUCCUCAGGUCACGGAGGAAAGAUGCAUCGCAUUCCCCCAAAUCUGAUGGACCAGUUUGAGAAGCAGGUGCCCUUCCACCCGGAUGGUUUUCACACUUUGCAGUAUCAGCGUACAGCUAGUGUAGGAGCCGAGCAACGGAGCGAGAGCCCCUCCCGCAUUCGCCACCUGGUCAACUCCGUCCAGCGUCUUUUUGCCAAGUCUCAUUCACUGGAGGCACCAUCCAAACGAGAAUACAACGGCACAAGAGGUGGAGGAGGGGACUACCGUAGUGAAAGAGGAGGAGGCCACAGGAGCGGAGGCGAAGACGGCGGAGGCCACUACUCAGGCCAUCAGUCGCGUUCUACAAGGAGGAGUAAAUCCAGAGAGCGGAGCAAGAGUGGAGAUUCACGGCAUGAGUCGGGUAGACGCCACCGCAGCAGGACGGCAGGCUGGUGGAGUUCAGAUGACAACCUGGACAGUGACAGCAGCUUCCUGGUGGGUGGGGGACGACGUGGGUAUCCUAGUGGACACGAGAGCCUGGAUGCAGCCAUUCAGGAGCUCACCAUGAAGAAACCCAAGGAGCGUGGAGGUGGAGGACCGGGGCCUGGGGAGUGCAUGGCCUGUACUACGAUAGCUCUUGCUGCUGGGGCUGACGGAGGAGGAGGAGGAGGGGGAGGAGGACACCAUGGUCACCAUGGCCACGGUCACUCCCUGAAGAGAAGCACCUGGUCGGCCAUGACAGUGAGUCAGGCCAGAGAGGUGUACCCUUCUACCAGGGGAGGAGGAUAUGACAAAGCCCUUGUGCCCAUGGAGAGCAAGAUGAAGGAGAGGACCUUCCACUACCUCCAGUGUUUCUCCAGCUGUCAGAGUUUCUCUCUUUCUGUCCCCUCAGAGGACUGGGGUGGUGGAUACGCUGGUGGAGGAGCUGACAGCGGAGGGGAGAUUCCAUGUCGCCGGAUGCGCAGUGGCAGCUAUAUCAAAGCCAUGGGCGAUGACGAUAGUGCUGACUCAGACACCAGCCCCAAAGCCUCACCCAAGUCCACCCUGAUCGCACAGAGGGACGCCUUCAGACGCUCUAUUAGCAUGGAUCAAAGGUACUCUUGUAAGCAGUGUACAGACUCCUACCCUAACAGCAGAACCACACCUAAAACCCAUACCCGUGCUCGUAGUUACACCCGCUCCCUGACCAGCUCACAGCUGGGAGACACGUUAAAUCGUCAGUUUGAGGCAGUGUGUGAGACCAUGUUUGGAGAAGUGGAGUCUCAAGCUGUCGAGGCCCUGGAUCUUCCUGGGGUGUUCCGCACUCGCAGCCAUAGCUACGUCCGCGCCAUCCAGGCCGGCUGUUCCCAGGACGACGACUGCCUCUCGGUCUUCUCCAUGUCAGGCCCCCAGGGAAGCAUCAAGGGCGGGGCCGUCUGUCCCUUUUUCUUUCCUUAUCGUAAAGGUGCUCCUCCCCCUCUUCCACCUCGCAUGUCCAAGUCUUCACUCUCGGUUCGGGCUCAGAGCAGCACAGAGUCCACCCAGGACGCCUACUUCCAGAGCAGUGGGCAGCUGGCAUCAGGCCCCGGACGCUCCAAGCAGCACAGCAACUCUGUGGACCUGGGGAACUCUGACGGGCUCUCUGGACGCUCCUCCAGAGGAGGAUACUACACAUCCUCAGGCCCCGGUCGCUCCCGGCAGCACAGUAACUCUGCAGAAAGCCUAGAUGGGGUCAGGGGUUCACGGGAGCUUGUGCCCUAUGGAGGGGGCCCGGGAGUUGGCGUUAGGGCCAAACACAGCAGCUCUGCUGACAGUUUGCUGGAGGGGCCACCGAGGCCAGCCCGGGAGAGAGAUGGCAGGGUUAGCGGUAGCUUAGGAAAGUCAACUUCUCUGCCUCAGAACAGCAUGGUGCUGAGCAAAGCUGGAGGGCAGGAUGAAGGACGUGGUGCAAGGAAGUGGAGACCAUCCAUAGCUGUGCAGGUGGACAGCUCUGAGACCCUGUCAGAUUCCGAUGCAGAGGGGAAAGCUCUUACAGAGGUUCAUUCCAUAGGAGUGCAGGUUGAAGAUGACAAAAGGCGAGCUCGUUUCAAGCGUUCCAAUAGCGUGACGGCGAGCGUGCAGGCCGAUCUGGACCCCGAGGGCUUCCCGGGGCUCAGCAUCGCCGUGCCAACACAGGAUAAGAGUCUCCAGUUCGGCUGUUCCUUCCAAAGGCACUCAUCAGAACCGGAGUCGGCCAGCCAGUACACAGAAUGCCACCGCACAGUCCACACACAGGGACAGUGGGCCUACAGAGAGGACUUUAUCCAAAGUGGCUACACCACCGAGCCCGACCCGCGGCCUCACCAGCACCCACACUUGCCUCCACGGGCCCAUUCCCCGCUGCCCAUCGCCUCUGAGCGGGCCUGGGCCGGAACCCCGUCCCUGGAGGGUCCUCGGAGUCUGCCGGACUCAGGCCGAGCAUCACCCUGCAUGAGAGACGGAGAGUUCUUCUUACGGCUCCUGCAGACGGAGGUGGAGAGGAUGGAGGGCUGGUGCCAGAAUAUGGAGAGAGAGGCAGAGGAGAAUGAACUGCCAGAGGAGAUUCUUGAACUGAUACGUAAUGCAGUUGGCAGCACCCAGAUGCUCAUGUCUCAGAAAGUCCAGCAGUUCUUCCGUCUCUGCCAACAAAGUGUGGACCCGUCAGCGUACCCCCAGCCCACCUCUCAGGACCUGGCAGGCUUCUGGGACCUGCUCCAGCUCAACAUAGAGGACGUCAGGGUCAAGUUUCAGGACCUCCAGAGGCUUAAGGACUCUGGUUGGAGGCUCCCACCUGAAAAGAAGGAGGAUAAGAAGCUUCCUCCUCCCUUACCAAAGAAGCCAGCAGGGGGUGUGAGCGGCAGCCUCCGGGCCGAUAGCGUUGGCGACGGUGGAGGUGGAGGAGGGUCAGGGGGCCUGGUGGUGCCUCGUGUGGGCGGACAUACCUUGCCCAUCAGGGAGAAGUCUCUGGACCUUGGGGAUCGUCAGAGGACAGAAGCUCGGAGGAGGCUGCUGCAGACCAAGCGAACCGCCUCUUUCAGGCAGAACUCGGCCACAGAGAGCGCCGAAAGCAUCGAGAUCUACAUCCCCGAAGCCCAGACUCGACUCUAAACCCAAGGCGUCUCUCCAUCUCACCUCCUCACUUCACCCCCUCACCCCUGCAAAGCUAACAUCUCAGUCUUUCCCUGAGCCCUGAGUUUGGAAUCAUCCGCGAGUCUUUGCUGUUAACUUUUCGGCCAACAACCCCGUUAGCAUCUCCGCCAUCCCCACUUCCCUGCAAAUCAGUUGUCCGAAGAGACAAAACAAGCAAUGACAGCCAUUUUAGUGUCUUGAAAUGUAAAAUCUUACUGGUACAGAGGCCUAAACAUGAAACGAUAGCUAGUUGAUACAAAACUUUUUUUUUUUUUUUUUUUUACGUCUCUGCAUUUUAUUUUCCUUUUUUUCAGUUCUGGCUGACAGAAAACAAGGAAACACUCCACUUUUUUACAACAGUAGUCAGCAGAGUAGUAGCAUGCCUGUGCGUGUUCACCUAGCACUUCUCCAUCACUGAAAAUAAAGGGCUUAACAGGCACAAAACCUCUGUGUGAGAAGACCAUGAUAUCUCCCCAUAUGGACCCCGAAAGCCGUUUGCAUCAACUCAAUAGUAUGUUUUAUGGAAUUGCUGAAUCUCCAUUAGAAUAAACACGGAUGAAUCUUACUGUCAGUUUAAUUCCCCAAAAGUCAGAUGGCUGGCAAUCCCCAAAGAACAUUGCUAAACACAGUCAGCCAACUCUAUCUGGCACCUUUCACCUAGGUGCCAUCUGUCCGUCCACGAAAGAAUACAGAACAAUUUUCUUUGGCGUUUUCAUCCCUCACAUUUAUCUGUCGACUACACUCAGCACUCAGCAGCGAGGCCAUUUGAAUGUGCAAGUGCUAUUUGUACAUAGUGCGCACACUCGUUUGCCAAAAGGAGCUUUGCGGUGUAGCAUCACAUGCCUUGACAGCUAGCUAGAGAGCCUCACAGACCAACCCAGCGCCGAUUGCUUUUUUCUGAAGUUUCAGUGUUCAG